AUGUGGUCUAAUGAACAUAAAUUACAAUUUCUGGAGUACUAUCAAAUGGAACCAAUAUUAUGGGAUUCUAAACAUGUAAAACAUAAGGACAAGCAAGGUGUUCACGAUGCUUGGAUGCGAAUAAGCAAGCGAAUGGAAAUUUCUAUAGCAGAGUUAAAAAAGAAAAGAGAUUCGCUAAUGGCCACAAUACGAGCUCUUGUUCCUGUCGAGCAUGCACAAUCCAACAAUAGUGAUAAAUCCGAAAAUAACAGUGACUACGAAUUGCCACCACCUUCUCCAAGUCCAGUUUCAUCUUCUACGCCUUCCAUUAAUUCUUGUUUAAAACUCUUAGACCUCAAUAAUAGUCCCGAAUCUGAACAUAUUCAAAAUGAUGAUGAACAGCCGUUAGACCAUCCGAAAUUUUAUAAACUCAUUUCU